UUAAACACACAUUUCGCAAUAGACCACGGCCGGGUUGGCUGCGCGCGCGCGAAUUCGAAUUUAUAUUUAAAAAAUCGAACAUUUUUUAACGAUUUUUUUUGUUUUUUAUUUUUGUGCAUUUUUUCUUAACUGUUUGGUGUAUGGACUUUUUUGUUAUGACUGUUUAGUGAGUGUUUUUAUUAUUUUUGGUUGGAGAUUUUUUUUUUCAAAAAAGAAUACCAGCUUUCAAAAAUGUCUCCCGCCAAAAUUCUAGAAGACAACGGUUCAUCAUCAGGGUCUCUGAGAUCUGAAGAUACAGAUUCCACACCAGAAAGUGCCACAGACUCACUAAACAGUUUGUUCAAGACCAAAGACAAUGUAUGUGUUGAAAACUGCAUUGAAAAGGCUGAGUGCGAGAGUGGGAGAAAGAGGGGGGUUUGUUGCAGUCCAAUAGUACAAUGUGUAUGGGGAGUCCUGCUGAUCCUCCUGUCGAUAGGCAGCUUUAUCUUCACGCCUCUAGACUUCAUGCUGCUUGAGAAACUUAAUAUGAGACCUGGCAUGCCACCAUACGACUGGUGGUCGGACCCGCCCGAUGAGGUCAAGCUGAAGGCGUAUGUGUUCAACGUGACCAACCACGAGCGGUUCCUGUUAGGGCUGGACGAUAAACUCAACGUGGAAGAGAUUGGACCUGUUGUUUAUUUAGAGAAGCUGCUCCACUCCAACGUGCACUUCAACGAGAACAGCACGAUGACGUACACGGCGCGCCGGUUCCCGAUAUUCCUGCCGGAGCACAACACUGUCGAUCUUAACGCUACCAUUAUAGUGCCCAAUGUCGCUGUACUGGGUAUAUUCUCCUACCUCCACGACGCGAACUACUUCGUGAAGACGCUACUUCGAUCCCUGGUCACCAUGUACAAUCGGGAACCCUUCGUCAAGAAGACUAUAUACGAACACCUGUGGAACUUCACCGAUCCCGUGUUGGAUAUGUCCAAGAACUUGGCUCCGGGGCUGGUGCCGGUCAACAAUGCUGGCAUGCUGGCUAGAAUUUACGCCGACUUCACAGACGAGAUGACAGUUAAAAUAGGUCCUCAGUGGGGUCACAAGGAGUUCUUCCAGAUCGACCGGUUCAGGGGAGAACCACAGCUCCCUGGAUUUGAUCCUGAUGUAUGUCCAGACCGUAUCUUCGGUUCUACAGAAGGCGUGAUGUACGCUCAACGACUAACCAAGCAAGAUGUUCUCAAAUAUUGGAGAAAAACUGUCUGCAAACUGAUGCCGCUGUAUUUUGAUAGUGAGCUGACGAUGCACAACGUCCCUCUAUACAGGUAUAACCUGUCAGAAAAUGUCUUCGACCGUGUGACCAACGGUACUGACUGCUAUGAUACCGUGCCGAGCCUACAUCAAGGACUCAGCGAUGCUUCCAAGUGUUAUUUUGAUUUCCCAAUGGUGGUAUCAUUCCCCCAUUUCUACACAGGGGGAGUCCCUAAAGAUCAGUUUGUGACCGGUCUCAAACCUGACAGGCUGAAACAUAACUCAUUCGUUAUUUUGGAACCAUACACAGGAACGCCAUUCGAAGCUGUAGCGAGAAUGCAGAGCAACUUAAGAGUCCACGACCUUUCAGGCUUCGAUGAAAAGUUUGCAAAGCUCUCCAAUACAGUCAUACCUUUGUUCUGGGCUGAAUAUCACCAAGAAGGACUUCCAGCCAAAAUAAGACGGGCAGUUUUCUUCACAAGAGUGAUUCUACCACCUUUAUCUAUAAUUAUUUCUACAUUAAUGGCCCUUCUCGGCGUUUACUUAUUAACCAAACAAAUAUACAGAAGUAAUUUAGAAAGUGACAUCUUAAAAACUAUUUUAAUAUUAAAAAGUAAAAACGCAACGAACAAUAAGGUUUUGGCCUUCGAAAAGGAAACUUUUUUGAAAGCUAGUUAAUUCUUUUUAUAUUUUUUUUAUAGGUUGUACUUACUUGUCUUUGAAUCGGUAUUUUUUAAGGUUCGUAUUUUUGCUAAUGAAAUAUUUGUCUGAGGACCGGUUUAUGUGUUUGCUUAGCGACCGUUGCCAAUAUUUUAUCUAUGUAGGUAUAAUAUCUAUCUGUUAAUUUGUUCACUAUACCAAAAGAUAGAAUUUUGAGUCCAGCCCCAUACAAGUUAUGUCCAAUUUCUAAGCAAAACAGUAUGUAGAAAUAAUACAGUUGAUAGCUUAUAGCAAAGAUUAGUUCGUAUUUAAUUUUAUUUAAACGUGCAGAGAACGUAAGGUCUGAUAUUUGUGCCUGUUUAUAUCUUAGAAAACUAUUCGUAGUUACAUCGCGCUAUGAGAGUGAAGGAAUAGUGAGUGCACCUGUGUCCAAGCAAAUGCUCGUGCACUAUAAUAUGUCCUGCGCAGCUGGCUGAUCUCCCUAUAUGAGAACAGCCGCCGUGGCCAACAAUCGGCUAAGACGCGAUUAUUUACUUGAAAAAAAAUGCGUUUUCACUCGAAACUCGUCACACAGAUUUUUCGCAAAACCUUCAAAAAAUACUUCGAUUCAAGGCAUUUGUGAAUAUUUCUAUUUAAGGGAAAAGGUAAACUAUGUAAAAUAUAAAGACUGAAUAUCAUAAUUUUCAUGACAAGGCCAAAGUAAACGCGAAAUUUUAAGAAAAUUUAUGUUUUUUUAGUAAAUUUUUUAAUGUUUAAUCUUUCUUUCUUCCUAUCUACCUCAGUGUUAAAAUAGAAAUAUUGUAAGGUCGUUUUGAAAACUAGCUGCCGACUGCAACUGUCAAAUGUUUUCAAGCCACGAUUGCAUGAAAACAAUUGAUAUCUGAGGAUUGCACGUGCUGCUGCCGCUUCGAUCCAAAACGGUUUCAUGUAAAUACAUACAAACCAGGGGCCCGAUUCUCCUAAGUUAAUACCUAAUGUUAAAAUCGAAUAGAAAUCGAAUCGCAAUAUGAUCGCAACAGCAGUUUUAAACUUUUAACCAUAUCAGGCAUUCUGCUACUAAGACCAAUCGUAUUUCAAUGACAUUUGAUUGGUGCGUGCGCCAUUGGUCUGCCUUUUGGUCUAGAUACGGUAGUUUGCUCUACAAUCAUAUUGCAAUCGUAAAUAAUUUGCAGACAAUAUGAUUCAUUAUUGAAUCACAGAAAAUGAUAAAAACGUUUAUUUAAAAAAUAGCGGAAUGCCACAUACGCUUCAAUCGCAAUUGAGUCGUGAUUGAAUCUCAGUCGAAUGUGAAUCGUAUGUCGCUUAAGUAAAAUUAGGAGAAUCGGGCCCCUGUAGUGCAACUGCUGCGGCCGACUUCAUGCAGUCGGCAAUUGACAUUCAAAACUUUCCUUAAAAAAACUUUAUCUGCGAGAAAAAUACCAAAACCUUUUCUUUCUUUUGUUUUUUUUUUUGUAUAAUUUGGAAUACAGAUUGUGUAUUUCAAAUUAAGCAUGUUUUGGGUUCCGCAUCUAAAUGUUGUCAAAUAAUUUUAUGAAAAACAAAUCUGUAUCAAUUUAAGUUCAGUUUAAUAUACGGACUUAUUUAUUUAUUUAACAGUUUAUGUACCUACACAGUUUAUGAGACAAGAAGAAAAAUAGACAAGCCCGCAAUUUAUAGCUACAAUUAGUUUGACUUUCGUAAAGUUAGCUAACUUCAUAGGCGCAAAAUUAUUUGAUAAAUUUAAAAAGCAAACUAUACAUAUGCUACGGAACUUAAAAUAUGUCUAGUUAGUCUAAUUGGCCAGUUUUUUUACUAUGAAUGUACACAUUUAUUUUUAUUACAAAAUGUAUUUCUUAGGCGCUCUCUAGACGGUCAAUAUUAUUGCGCAAUAUUGAGGUGGAAAUAUUGUGCAAUCUGUACUUCUUGUACCUUACUUGUGCUAUCUAUACUAAUAUUAUAGAGAGGAAACAUUUAUUUAAAAUUUGUUUGUACCUUAAAAGCUCCGAAGCUACUAAGCCUCACUCGCGUCCCGAAACAACUACUGCCCGUAAUGGGAUAAAAUAUACCAUACUGUGUUACACGGGAAGAGUGUAGCUUUCCAACAGUGAAAGAAGUUUUAAAAUCAGUCCAGUAAUUCUUUAGGCUAUCCAUUUACCAACAAAACUACAUUUUUCCUCUUUAUAAUAUUAGUAUAAAUAGGUUUCAUCACUGUAAUUGAGCAAUGUUAAAAAAUGAAUAUAAAUAAAAUUGAUGCAUGGUCCUUUGCACAAUGUCGUAAUAUUGCGCAAUUAUAUUGUACCGUCUUUGGACUGCCUUAUGUUUAUUCUUUUAGCUCCAAUUUUUAUUUUUAAUUAUUUUUUUAGUAUAAAGGUGUAUGUUAAUAAAAUUAAUGCAUUCGGGGUAGCUUGUAGCUGUGAUUGUUCCUAAUUUAAUGUAAUUAAACUUUGCUCACUGUUAGAUUUAAGAUUUUUAAAUAAAUAAAAUAAAACAAUGUGAA